CGUUUUUGGGUGGAGAUGCAAGAGGGCGAGGGGCGGGCCGUCGAUUCCGGAAGGACUCCAUUUCCCAGCGCGCCCCUCGCCAGGAGUCCGGAGACCGCCCCGCCGCCUUCCCGGCGGGCUGUGCGCGCGCGACGACUCCCGGCAGGCUUGGCGGCGAGCGCGAUGGCGGCGGCGGCGGCGACGGCUUCGGGGCUGGCCAGCCCGGCGGCGGGAGCGGCCGCCCGGGACGUCUUCGCCGAGGGGCUGCUCGAGUUCCUGCGGCCGGCCGUGCGGCAGCUGGACACGCACGUCCACGCCGUCCGGGAGAGCCAGGUGGAGCUGCGGGAGCACAUCGACAGCCUGGCGGCGGAGCUCUGCCGGAUCAACGAGGACCAGAAAGUUGCCCUCGACCUGGACCCCUACGUCAAGAAGCUGCUCAACGCCCGGCGCAGGGUCGUCCUGGUGAACAACAUCCUGCAGAACGCGCAGGAACGCCUGAGAAGGCUGAAUCACAGCGUGGGGAAGGAGACCGCCCGGAGGAAGGCCGUCCUGGAUGCGAGCAGCAGCUACCCCCACGGCUCUCCCAGCAAGUGAGGAAGGCGAAAUGCUGAGCCCGUUGCGUUUUUGCAGGCCCCGCGGACUCCUGAGCCAGUCUGGAAAGGGACAAAAUUGGGCUUUGGAUACAGCCCGGAGGAAGGAAUUUGGCAGGUCCGUUUGGGACUUGCUCAGAGACGAAGAGUAGAAGCGUCUCAAGUCAGAUUGCUGGAGCACGCUUAGUCUGGAAUGACAACUCCCUUAAUAGGUCUGGA